AUGGUAACGUUAAUGCAUAAUGUUGCAGUUAAAAAGAAUACACAUCAAUGUUUGAUUUUCUUGCAGUUAUAUAAUAAGUUAUAAACAGUAAGCAGUUCUGGUGCUGUUUCAUCACUUAUUGGUGUCUCUGAAUAAGGCUUCUGAUGCAAGACUAUAGAACCACAGCAGAAUGAGUUAAAUAAGUGUGUGUGUUUAGAUGUGCAUUGAUAGUGAAUUGACCUCCCUGUCUCAGAUAAAGUAAACAGAGACAGACAAGCACAGUCUGUAACCUUUAACCCCACAUACACUCACAUACAAAAGGCUCCAUCCGUCUCCAGACGUGAAUAGGCAUGCUAUUUGUAUAUCUGAGUUAUGUAUCUGAUAUCAUCAUGAAUAUUUAGGUUUGUCUAUAGCUCUUUUUUAUUAUUACUUAAAAAUGUAAUUCAAAUAUUUAGUUGUAAAGUCCUCAGUUAAGCUGAUGAUACACGGGGCAACUUUUUGAGCAAUGUUGUUGUCUUUGGGCAACCAGGUGAGGAACAGGGCCCACAACCGAUAUAAAGUAUCCACAUAAAAAUUUGUAGCCAAUUCUCAGUGGUAAAAGUGCCAAAGCAACACUGCUAAAAAAAAUACAAUGUUUUUUUGUCACUUUUAAAAAAUGACAAGAUGUAUGGUUAAAGUUUUGAUUUGUGGCCCAGUGAGCUUAUGUCAUUUAGAGUGAGAUCAUCAACUCGUCAUAUCUUGUAUACAGUAAUUAGCAGCACAAACAUACAAAUAAACAACCCUGCCCAAUCAAGAAACCUCGCCUUACUUUAGAUGCAGAUGAGCGAUAACAAGGGCCUGAUGGGAGGAGGUGUGUGUGUCUAUCUGUGUGUGUUUGGAGGGGGAUGUGGGUCCAGCAAACACAUAAAUGACGCCUGCAGACACAGGAUCAGAUGCAAUUGGCUUGCUGGAUCUUCGAAGUAACUUCACAUUCAAACUGAGUUCUGCUGCGCAAAGGAUUUAAACAUACACAACAAUGACUUCAUCUGUAUCAUGUGCGCUCUUUAUAUUAGUAUCAGUCGUUCUCCCGGUGUCCUUUGCGCUAUCGGGGGAAUAUUGUCACGGUUGGACGGACACAUUUAAUUCUUGGCACCGGGGAUUCCAAUGUCCGGAGCGCUUUGACGGCGAGGACGCGCGCUACUGCUGCGGUACGUGCGCGCUCAGGUACUGCUGUACUUACGCGGAGGCGCGCCUCGAUCAGAGCACCUGCGAUACCGACUCCGAGCCUGAGAACACGGGUGACGUGAGAAAGAUAACAGAGAGUGUUCCAACCUAUUUGCCCUUUGUGAUUGUGGUGAGUGCGUUCCUGUCGUUCGUUCUAGUUGGCACGGUUGUCUCUAUCUGCUGCUGCCAGUGUGUGAAACCCAAAGCGAGCGAGCGGCCAGCAGGGCCAUCCGCUGCUCAAACCAGCCUGUUGGAGUCUGGAGGGCCCUCUGUGGACAGCUCUACCCCGUCCCGCACCUCCACUUCAGGCUCAUCCAUGACAAACGCUCGCCCUCCACCAUCCGAGCUCAGCGUGAACCUCUACGGCCCGAUGGGAAACGCAUUCCCUCCCUCUCAGUCCCAGCAGUAUGUUCCUCCACUUCCACAGGGGGCGCCACAGUUCUACCAGCCCUACAUGAAUUAUGCUCUCCCCCCAGAGCGCAGCAUGCUGAUGGCCCCUGCGUUCCUGGAUGCCCGUUCUGCAUUUGGGAAGGUGCACGGGCAGCCUUUUCCUCAGGCCCCCAUGUGCACAGAGCCCCUUUAUCCCCCUGUCGCUAUCUGAUAAUGCUUAAAAAACUAUGAAUGGACUAUAAAACUGUGUGAGACUACACAAGGAGUAGGAAUGUCUCAGGGAUACUUUCUUUUUGCUUUAUCCACAAACACAAUUAUGACUGAUAUGAUGUUGGUCAUGAUGUAUUAAUACUUCUCAUAGGAGUGUGUUUGCAUGAACACUUUUGCUGUUGCUGUUGCUCAGCAAUCACUGAUUGUAUUGUUAUUUAUUAACAGAUUAGAGAAUAAAUGUAUUUUCAUAGGCAA